CCCGCUGUUACCAAAACUUCGCAUUGUGUUGUGACUGGGUCUCUUGUCAGAAAAAGCCUGUGUUGCGUGUUUUAGCUUCUAAUUGAACUACCCCGCUGCUCCCCUCUCAGUCGGGAACUCAGCGGCCUUUUCCCCUCAAAGCACACAUAUUUCCUCACUUGUCAUCGCCGAUCCAUCACAGCUAUCAUGGCCUCCGACGAGCAGCCUGCUGGCGGCUCUCUCGCCGACCGCAUCUCCAAGCCUGAAGAACCUCAGCCUGCAGAGACUACCGCCACUACCGAAACCACUCAAGAGAUUGAUCAGACGGAUGGCGCUCCUGCUGCAUUGGGCGGCUCCGACCUCCAGGAACCGGACUAUACCGUUGAAGUCAAGCUCAGUGAUCUUCAAGCCGACCCGAACAACCCUCUCUUCUCCGUCAAGAACUUUGAGGACCUUGGCCUCGAUCCCCGCAUCUUGCAAGGACUAACGGCGAUGAACUUCCGCAAACCGUCCAAAAUCCAGGAACGAGCUCUCCCCCUUCUGCUCGGCAACCCAGCAAAGAACCUGGUCGGUCAAUCCCAGUCAGGUACUGGAAAGACUGCUGCAUUCACCCUCAAUGUCCUCAGCCGCCUCGACCUCACCACAGAGCAGAUGCAGAAGACCCCGCAGGCCCUGAUCCUGGCCCCUACACGCGAGUUGGCGCGUCAGAUUGUCGGUGUUAUUCAGGUUAUGGGCCAAUUCCUCCCUAAUUUGACCAUUGGAACUGCUGUGCCUGCCGAUACCAACGCGCGCCCGGCUAGGUUGGAGUGCUCGGUGGUUGUUGGUACACCAGGAACGGUGAUGGAUAUGAUCAAGAAGCGCAUUAUGGUGGCCAACAAGCUCAAGGUGCUGGUGUUGGAUGAGGCAGAUAACAUGCUUGACCAGCAGGGUCUUGGCGAUCAAUGUAUCCGUGUCAAGGCUCUAUUGCCCAGAGACAUCCAGGUUGUGCUCUUUUCGGCCACCUUCCCUGCUCACGUUCACGCAUACGCUUCCAAGUUCGCACCGAAUGCCAACGAGAUUACCCUUCAGCACGAGGAAUUGACCGUCGAGGGUAUCAAGCAAUUAUACCUUGACUGCACCGAUGAAGAGGACAAGUACCAGACUCUUGUCCAGCUCUACGGCCUUCUUACUGUUGGGUCAUCUAUUAUUUUCGUCAGGACCCGUGCUUCCGCCGUCGAGAUCGAAAAGCGCAUGGUUGCCGAAGGCCACACCGUUGCCUCCCUGACCGGUGGCAUUGAAGGUUCUCAGCGUGAUGCCGUUAUUGACCAGUUCCGCGCAGGCCACGCCAAGGUCCUGAUCACUACCAACGUCCUUGCUAGAGGAAUUGAUGUCUCGACCGUCUCCAUGGUCAUCAACUACGAUAUUCCCGAAAUCCACCAGGCCAACCCUCGUGCACCCCGCCAAGCGGAUUUCCAGACCUACCUGCACCGUAUCGGUCGUACGGGUCGGUUCGGUCGUGUUGGCGUGUCGAUCUCGUUCGUUUCUAACCGCGACGAGUGGGAGAUGCUCAACCAGAUUCAGAAGUAUUUCAACACCAGCAUCCAGCGGAUCGACACCAAAGAUUGGGACGAGGUGGAGGACAUUAUCAAGAAGACACUCAAGAACACCCGUGCCCAGGCGAACUUCCGGUAAUUCUGGACUUCCUGCUGGUUGAAGUCACUGCUUGAUGGCGGCGGAUCGGUUGUUGGUUGGAGCAAAUUGGUUUAACGCGAGGGCUGCACUAUGGGAUCCGCAUGAGUUUUAUGAAUCUUUCCGUGAUGGCUGCAAGAUUGCGCACAUAUUAAUAGAUACCAGUUCACAUUUGAGUUGAGUUGCUGACCAAACAAAAC